UCUUAAAUGAUAAAUCUGGUAUUUUGAUGCCUUAAUUAUUUGUUGGUAUCCCAAAAUCUCUCCAUCUUUUCGCUGCUUUUUAUCUCUGUAAAAUGGCUCUUUCUAGAACAUAAAGCUCAACUGGGUCGUUCUGAUAUUUUCCUCUCUCUCUCUCUCUCUCUCUCUGGUUGUUUUUGCCUGCCUUGCUCUGCUUUUCCGGGAAAGUUACUUCCUUUUUUUUCCUUCAUAUUUCUGUUGCAAAACGUCUCCUUUGUUACCUUGUUUGUGCAUACAUCUCGAAAACUACCACAGGAAAAACCCAUCAAUCUCUCACUCAGAAAACUCUUUUCAAAACUUCUCUCAUUUUCUCCGGAUUUCUUUUCCUUCGAAAUUAUCGGGGAAAGCUUGUUUCUUUCUGGGAAUUUCGUGGGUUUUCUGGUGGGUUUGAUUCAGCUUGAAGGGUUAACGUUGAAUUGUUGUGACUUGAUCAAGGACAAGUCCGUAUGUUGAAAAUCUACCAAACCAGAACCGGCUUGAGUUUUCUUUAAGGUUAGUGAAAGGAAGAAAAAAAAGAGAGUCAGGAAUUAGAAAAACCAAGAAAAAAGCGUAGAGAAUUGAGUUUGUUUUCUCUGUCCGUGUCUCGAGAAUUGGCCGGAAUUUAAAUUCUGGGGAGAACGGAAAUCAGUUGGGAAUUGAUAGCAUUGCCAGCGAAGACUCUCUGUGAAAAAAUAACAGAGGUGAGAAGACUUAGUACUUAGAGUUGCCCGUGAAUUUUUCUGUCGAAACGUCAAAAAAUAGAAGUCUUUCGUAGGCCCAUUUCGCAUUUUUGCCAUUUUCUCUGUCUCUCUGUUUUCUAGGGAAAUCAAAUUCCGACAAUCAGUCUCUCCCUUUCCCAUCUCUCUCUCUCUCUCUCUCUCUCCCCUCUGUUUCUCUCUUUCUGUUUUUAUAAGGUUCGCUCUGUUUUUCGGGUUGGGGUGAGAGAAAUCUUUUUUGUUUUCGUUUCUCUCUCUCUCUCUCUCUGAUUCAGGGUGAGCGAAAAUCUCCAAGUUCGCUCUCUCCCCCCCCUCUCUCUAUCUCUCUCUCCAUCUCUCUCUCUCUCUUUUAAAAGAAUCACAGAGAAAAAAAAUAUGAUUUUGGACAAAGGGUCAAUGCAAUCAAACCUUGAGUGCUUCCUCCAUUGUACAACACCAGUGCUCCAAUCCCAAUUCCUACCCAAGUCUGAGAUUAGGAACCUCAACCGUAUAUGGCACCCAUGGGAGAGAGAACAGGUUGAGUAUUUUACAUUGAGUGAUCUCUGGAAUUGUUAUGAUGAAUGGAGUGCAUAUGGUGCUGGAGUUCCUAUUGCCUUGGACAGCGGCGAGACCCUUGUGCAGUACUAUGUGCCUUAUCUCUCUGCUAUUCAAAUUUUCACCAGCAAUUCAUCUGUGAAUAGCUUCAGGGAAGAGGCCGAAUCGGGUGACUGUGAGACAAGGGAUUCGUUUAGUGAUUCAUGCAGUUUUGAGAGUGAAAGUGAUAAAUGGAGAUGGGAUGGAUGCUCCUCAGAAGAUGGUGGGUUUGAGCAAGACAAUCUCUGGCAUGUGAAUGAUAGAUUAGGGCACCUAUAUUUUGAGUAUUUUGAGAGAUCAACUCCCUAUGGAAGAGUUCCUCUCAUGGAUAAGAUCAAUACAUUAGCUCAAAGAUACCCUGGCUUGAUGUCAUUGAGGAGUGUUGAUCUAUCACCAGCUAGUUGGAUGGCUGUUGCUUGGUACCCAAUUUAUCACAUUCCCAUGGGAAGGACAAUAAAGGAUCUGUCCACGUCCUUCCUCACUUACCACACCCUUUCAUCUUCUUUUCAAGACAUGGACCUCGAGGAUGAUAUGGAGAGCGAUGAACAAAGGAAGCGAAAGAAAGGGGAAAGCAUCUCUCUCCCUCCAUUUGGCUUGGCCACUUACAAGAUGCAAGGGAAUGUGUGGGUCUCAGGCAAUUGUGGAAGGGACCAAGAAAGGCUCAUGUCACUAUUGAGCGUGGCUGAUUCUUGGCUAAAGCAACUUAGGGUCCAGCACCACGACUACAACUACUUCACGGCCAUUCCGCGUGGUGGCCAGUGCCACUACUUUUGAAAGAGAAAAAGAAGAAGAAAACAAACUCGAAAGUGAUUGACCACGCUAAAAUCCUCACUUUGGAUAAUUUGGUUUUUGUUGACCUUUGUUUUGGAGUAAAUUGGAUACAAGUCUUGAGGAUUUUGUGGUUGAUUUCUUCUUCGUGCCGCAUGUAAUUGGUUAUUGAUAGGGUGUUUUAGUGUUCAUCCCCAUGUAUGAGAUAAGUAGAGGGUAUGUGAUGACUUUGACUCCUUUUGUUGGGCCUUUUGUAUUUAGUUAGUAGGGAGAGAUGGGUGAGGUUAGAGAGAGGCGCUUGAAUUAUGAGUUUAUAAUAGUGCUUUCUGUAAAUUAUAUUCCCUUGACCAUUUUAUAUAUAUAAAAAAAAAACCUGUGGGAGAUGAGGAAAA